UAAAGCAUGUCAAGUGGAUCAAAUGGAGGAGCUGGACGUCCACAAGAGCUGCAUGGAUCACCACCAACACCGUUGCCAUCAUUGCAAGAACAAGAACUUGAUGAGUUUUGGAGGAAGGUCGUUGGGGAAAUUGAGAACACGGUGAACUUCAACAAUCACACUAUACCAAUGAGCUCUGUUGUAGAAAUCAUCAGAGAGCACCAAGGUGGUUUAAUGAUAUCAUCUGAGACACCACCGGUCGUCGCAAAGGUCCUAGAGAUAUUUGUCCAAGAACUUACGGUUCGUGCCUCGAUGCAUGCCAAAUCCCAUGGCGGCUCCAGCAUACUUGGAUCAGAUAUCUAUGAGGCCAUUAAUUCUGGUGAGUCCUAUGUCUGCCUCAAUAAUGUUCUCAGAAGGGCUGUGACAAAUCAUGAUCAGGCAUCCAUGUCCAGCAAUGCGCCCCAGCUGCAACAGGAACCUCAUUUCGUUGCAGCAACUUCCAGACUGAUGGAAGAUGGUCCAACUGAUCAUCUGUACAAAUCAGGAGAAGAAGCUACCCAAAUCAGCGCUGAAGAAUCUGAUGAAGAUCUCAACCUGCUGACCACCUCAAGUGGUGGCACUGAAGAAACCAAAUAAACAGGACAAAUGGUGGUAGCUUCAAUGUCCCUCCAUUGUCUCAUCAUGUGCUCUAAUAAAUGAUGUGGUGGCUGCUCAACCAUAUAUGAAUGUCCUACAUCUAGAAAUAAAUGAUGGGAAACUUUAUAUGGAGUUUUGUGUGUGCUGCAAUCAAGUAAUUUGCUUUGUAUUUCCAUCCGUGUAUCCUAUUUAAUUCAAUAAGUAA